CUUUGUGAACCAAUAUAUGCAUAUAGAGGAAGGCUAAUAACACUAACCCUUUGGCCCUUUCAUCUAAGUAUUGCUUUUCUGUACAUAACUAAUAAACUAGUUAAAUAAGAGAAUGCAAUCUGGAAAAGGAGAAGAACACAACCAAGAAACUUGAGGGAGACAGUUCCAUUGGAAAUUUAAUCUAAGAGUUGGAAAAUUAAAGAGAAAAAAAAAAUGGAAGAGGGAGGAGUUACAAAAGCAGAUAAGACAGAGUUUACAGAAUGCUGGAAGACAACAUGGAGGACUCCCUACAUUAUGAGGCUGGCCUUGUCUGCCGGCAUGGGAGGUCUCCUGUUCGGCUACGAUACAGGAGUCAUUUCUGGUGCUCUCCUUUACAUUAAGGAAGACUUCGAGAGUGUUGAGAGGAGCACACUGCUACAGUCAACCAUAGUGAGCAUGGUUGUGGCUGGCGCUAUCGUCGGAGCUGCGAUUGGUGGAUGGCUGAAUGAUUUAUUGGGGCGAAAAAAAUCAAUUAUAAUAGCGGAUAUCUUGUUCUUUAUUGGUUCGGCAAUUAUGGCCAUAGCUCCAGCUCCAUGGGUGAUCAUUGUUGGAAGAAUCUUUGUAGGUUUCGGAGUUGGCAUGGCUUCCAUGACUUCACCUUUGUACAUUUCAGAGGCUUCACCUGCUAGGAUUAGAGGUGCGCUUGUUAGCACCAAUGGCUUGCUCAUUACUGGAGGCCAAUUCUUGUCCUAUCUCGUCAAUCUUGCCUUCACCAAGGUACCUGGAACCUGGCGUUGGAUGCUUGGUGUUGCCGGACUUCCGGCCAUCGUGCAAUUCGUGUUAAUGAUCUCUCUUCCAGAGUCUCCGCGAUGGCUCUACCGAAAUGAAAGAGUAGAGGAAGCAAGAGCCAUAUUGGAAAGAAUCUACUCAGCCGAGGAAGUUGAAGAUGAAAUGCAAGCCCUGAAAUCCUCACUUGAACAAGAAAAGGCCGAGGAAAGCGCCAUGGGCGAAACCAGCAUGCUUGGAAAAGUGAAGAAAGCAUGGAGCGACGACGUGGUCCGACGUGGCCUCUAUGCCGGCAUCACCGUUCAAGUAGCUCAACAGUUCGUUGGCAUCAACACUGUCAUGUACUACAGCCCCACAAUCGUACAGUUUGCUGGAUUUGCUUCCAACAAGACCGCCAUAGCACUGUCUCUCAUCACAUCGGGCCUAAACGCUGUGGGGUCCAUCGUCAGCAUGUGUUUUGUGGAUAGGUAUGGAAGAAGGAGGCUGAUGAUUAUAUCAAUGUUCGGUAUUAUUUCUUGCCUUCUGGUAUUGUCCGGUGUCUUUUACCAAGCUUCUGUCAACGCUCCAAAGAUCAGCAAAGCUGAAUCCACCGCCUUUGGAAACUCUACCUGUGCGAGCUAUCUAACUGCUUUGGAUGCGGCGUCUUGGAAUUGCAUGACUUGCUUGAGAGCUGAAUCGGAAUGUGGAUUCUGUUCAAAUGGUGCUAACCCAUAUUCCCCAGGAGCAUGCUUGGUCGAUAACAACGACAUAAAAAGCGCAUGUAAAGCAGAGCACAGAGUAUGGUACACCAAUGGCUGCCCAAGCAAAUUUGGAUUCUUAGCAGUCAUACUCCUAGGAGCUUACAUCAUCUCCUACUCCCCUGGAAUGGGUACAGUCCCAUGGAUCAUCAACUCCGAGAUCUACCCAUUGCGAUACAGAGGAAUCGGCGGAGGAAUCGCCGCAGUCUCCAACUGGGUUUCAAAUCUCAUAGUCAGCGAGACCUUCCUCAGCUUGACAGAGGCUCUCGGUUCCGCCAGCACUUUCCUCCUCUUUGCCCUCUUCUCCUUCAUUGGACUCAUUGCCAUUUAUUUGCUCGUACCUGAAACUAAAGGUCUUCAAUUUGAAGAGGUUGAGAAGUUGUUGCGAGGAGGAUUUAGGGGUGAUAAAAACAAGAACAACAAUUCCAAAAAUGGCGAUUCUUCUUAUUAAAUUAAGUUUGACUGUCUGUCUGUUGAUUUGUAAUUCAUGUAUCAAAUCCGAUCAUUGGUUUCACUUUCAAGUGAGAUUGUUUGUGUUUUGGUACCUAAUGAAAUGGUAACGAGUUUGUUUGUAGUUGGUGGUGGGGUGUGGGAGGUUUGUGCUUCAUUCACAAAAAUGUAAUGAGAAGUAUGGAAUGGAACCGAUAUGUUCCUCAACAAUAUCAAGUACUUAGAUUCAAAUGAGAAAAAAGUCAUCCAUAAAAAAGGCAUUGUGUGAUUGAGAUUUUAUUUUAAGUAUUGGGUUCAAUUAUAUAAGAGUUGAAUUUGGAUCAUACAUUUACUUUUCCAAGUAAGUUCUUGGGUAGACAAGUUAAGAUCUAUUUACUAUUAAUAGCUUCUCCUAGUAUUUUGCAACUUCUCAGACUCGCCAAAUUUUCAACCCAAUCAGCCAUCAAUCAUUGUUGAAACUGUAUAACAACAUAUCAAGCAUGCUCAAGUAGUCUGCAGAGACAUUCAACCACCGAGAUUUGGCAAAAACAAUCAAAC